GUAUCAUGUUGUUACUUUCUAAAUUUUAUUUUAAAUCUAUUUAACUAAUUACUAACACACACGAAUAGGCACGAUUUUCUAACAAUUAAUUUAAAAGGAAAAAAAUAAACUCACGUAAUGUUAAAUAAAUAUAAUAUGUGUACAUGAAUAUGAUUAAGUAAUUAUUGAAAUAUUUGUAUAAUAAUUGAUACGGUUGAAGUACUAUCGUUGGUAAUAUGAGCGAUAAUAUGAUCACACCUGCGAAGUUUAACCACUUCAAUAUUAUUUUAUGCAGAGAGUACAUAAAUUAAAGGUUAUCCGGUGGAAUCGGUCGAAUAAAUCCAUAAAAACGUUUGGAAAGAUAAUAAUGCAAGAAAAUUCGUUGCAGCUGAAAUAGGGGUGAACAGUAUUAAUAGGUUAGAUUUAUGCGAUGAGUUAAAAUUAUUAACGAAAAGGAUUGGUGGUCGAGGUGAAAAAGGUUACAAUAAUCAAAGGAUUAACCAUGACGUCCCUUGGAAAAUUAAUAUUUAUAGAUAUACACUCUAGGAAUCCAAAAAUUUCAUUUUCCAAUGAUUUGCAAGCGAAUCAUGUUGAAUCUUUGUCCUUCGCAUUUCAAAAUCUAUUUCAUAUGCCGUUUGAUAUUAUUGAAAACUAUGGAAAUACAAUACAUACUUUAGAUAUUAGUAAUAAUAAAUUCUGUAGAAAUUUACACUUUCUGUCAGAGUUCGAAAACUUAACGUCUCUCAACCUGGAUUAUAAUAAUAUCGAUGACUUUACUGUCUUUCCGUACAUGCCAAAACUUCAAUUAUUGUGGAUAAAUCAUAACAAAAUCGAUCAAUUAUAUCCAUUUAUUAAGAAUCUCUAUGAGAGUAUGCCUAAUUUGAAAUAUUUGAGUCUUAUGGGAAAUAAGGCUGCACCUAGUUAUCUUAACGGUGGAACAUUCUACGAUUAUCUACAGUAUAGGUUGUUUAUUAUAUCGUGGUUUCCACAUCUUGUACACUUGGAUGACCGGACAAUUACUUUUGAACAAUGUCAAGAAGCUAAAAGACUGUUUAAGAGGCCAUUUUUAGAAAGUUUGUCUGAGAAUGCUCCGUUACCAGAAUGUCUUAAGUAUUUGCAUAAAAAAUUAGCAAAUAUGUUUUUUAAGCCAAUCUUACCUAAUAAACAACAAAGUAGGGGAACGAAUUUUGUUAUUUGAAAGAUUUGUAAGUGAAAUAAGGUAUGAAAGCAGCUAGAGAAUUUAUACUCUUUUUAAGACAGAAUAAGUAUGUAAAAAUUCUUUUAGACUUUUUAAACAACCAAUAACUGCCUUAAAAUUGAUAUCACAUAUAGUAAUUAUUAUUGUAUUAUUUAUAAGUAAAAUUAUAGAAGGAUUAAGGAUUUUAAAUAUGUUAUGAAUAAUAUUGCCUCCGUCCCAAAUUAGUUGUUAUAUUUGGCGUGUAAAUGUUUAUGCAAAUAUAACAACUAUUUUGGGACGAACAGAGUACUAUUUAUAAUACAUUAUGGAAAUGCAAUUUGUUUGCCACGGUUAUAGUUUAAAGAUUAACAAAAUCUAAUUAACUAAUAGCAAUAAUUUAUAUUGAAAUGUUUUGUUAUUUGUUAUAUAAUAUAAUCCAUUAUGUUCUUAUUCCUUUUAUACCUAAUUGCUUCAUUUUUAUACAUAUUUAAUCUUAUAAAUAGCGUGUUAUUUUAAAAUUAUCAUUUAUUAUGGCUUGUUCAUAUAUAUUUCAAUAAAAUUCAUGUAUGAGAUUAUUUACACAUAUCUUUAUGAGAUUAUUAUGAUAUUUAUGAAAUUAAAUAUAUAUGUGAUAAUAUUAAUCCCUAAUAAAUGGAAAUUUUUAAAGUAACGAACAAUAAGGUGUAAAAGGUAUACUAAUUAUAAAACAAAAUAAAUAAAUUUUCUUAU